AACAAGCAACAGGCAUGCGUCAUCCUGGGAGGACAGGCUGCAUUCCUGCGACAGACCUCGUUUCGGGCUGCGCCGCGCUGACUUCGGGUCUUCCGGGCGCGUCUGGGAGGACAUGGGGCUGCCGGCGCUCGAGUUCAGCGACUCGCUCCUGGACAACCCGGCUUUCCGGGAGCGGCUCAGAUGUCACGAAACGGAGCUGGAACGAACGAACAAGUUCAUAAAGGAACUCAUCAAGGACGGAAACAUGCUUAUAAGCGCGCUAAAACAUCUCUCCGCCUCCGUACAGAAGUUCUCCAAGUCGCUGCAGGAGUUCCAAUUUGAGUGCAUCGGCGACACCGAGACGGACGACGAGGUUAACGUGGCCCAGUCCUUCAAAGAAUUCUCCCAGCUGUUAGACACCUUAGAAGAGGAGAGAAGACGGCUGAUACAGAAUGCCGGUGACGUUCUGAUCACGCCCUUGGAGAAGUUCCGUAAAGAGCAGAUUGAUGCAGCCAAGGAAGGAAAGAAGAAGUUUGACCGAGAGACUGAGAGAUACUACUCUGCUUUAGACAAGCACCUGAAUUUGUCAACAAAAAAGAAAGAUACGUUUUUAGAAGAGGCAGACGUGCAGAUCGAUAAGGAGAGACAGGCAUUUUAUGAUGCAUCUCUCGAAUAUGUCUUCAAAAUCCAAGAAGUUCAGGAGAAAAAGAAAUUUGAGUUUGUGGAGCCGUUACUGGCCUUCCUCCAGGGUCUCUUUAACUUCUACCAUGAAGGCUAUGAGCUUGUGCACGAGUUUGAGCCAUACAAGCAACAGCUGCUGUUCAACUUACAGAAUACGAGGAAUAACUUUGAGAGCACGAAAGAGGAGAUGGAGAAGCUGAUGAGGAGGAUGAGGAGCGUCGACCACGACUACAAACCCCCGGGGCAGUACAGCAUUGAGGGCUUCCUGUACUUGCAGGAAAAACGUCCCUGGGGAUUCACCUGGAGCCGGCACUAUUGCACCUACGAGAAGGAGAGCAAGACGUUCACCGUGGCCAGCUCAGAGAGCAGGUCCCCCGUUUGGCAGAAUCUUCCAGUCACAGCUACACCUGAGAUAUUCAAGCUGAAGUCUUGUAUCCGGCGGAGAACGGAUUCCAUCGACAAGCGCUUCUGUUUUGAUAUCGAGGUGGUGGAAAGGCACACCGCCAUCACCCUUCAGGCCCUGUCAGAGUCAAACAGGAGGCUGUGGAUGGAGGCCAUGGAUGGCAAGGAGCCAGUAAGGACGAUUGAUAUUGGGAUAUAUACCCUUCCGGCCCUGUUCAGUAAUAACGAGGAAACGCUGUUAAAUGAGACCGGCUUUAACUUCGUAAAGAAGAGCAUCACGUUGGUCGAAGAGAGGGGCCUUAACGCGGUGGGGCUCUAUAGAACCGAAGGCGUCAGCUCCAGAGUCCAGCGGCUGAUGUCGACAGUGUUUGCUCCUAAGGCUUCCCCAGACAUGGAUUUGGAUCCAUGUGUCUGGGACAACAAGACUAUCUGUAGUGGUCUGAAACGCUACCUCAGAUGUCUCAGUGAGCCCCUUAUGACUUACAAGCUACACAAGGAUUUCAUCUUGGCUGUCAAGUCAGACGAUUUGGACUACAGGGUCACCACAGUGCAAGCCCUGGUUCAAAAGCUGCCAGAGAAAAACAUGGAGAUGCUGGGCCUUCUGAUUGGACACCUGGUCAGGGUCUCCGCUCAGAGCCGGGUGAACCUGAUGACCGUACCCAACCUGGGCGUGGUCUUUGGGCCAACGCUAAUGCGGUCACACGAGGAGACGGUGGCGGCCACAAUGAACAUCAAGUUCCAGAACCUAGCGGUGGAAAUUCUGAUUGAAAACUAUGAGAAGAUCUUCCUAAAGGCCCAGGACCAGGAAGAGGCCCGUGUCCUGCUCCAGCCUCGGCCCAGCUUCCUGCGGAGUCGUGGCAUGCGGCUCUCUACAGGCACCAAGAGACACCGGAGCAAAAGCCUGGUGUCGUGGCAGGCCAGUACCAAGGGUGAUCCCAGUGGCAACCCUCUGAGCUGGAUGCGCAGACUCUCCACGUAUCCCCUGGAGCAUGACCAUUCAUCCUUUCAACAUCUCACUGCUGAGAUGUUCCACCAGAACAGCCACAAGGAUACUGAGAGCUAUGGCCGAACCUGCGAUUUCAGGAGCUUAGUGGAUGGACUAGCGUCCCCAAAUCCCCGACCCGUCAACACACCACAAAGUCUGGAAGAACUCAAAUACGUGGGUCCAAAGGACCUGUUCUUCCCAUGCCAGAAACCAUGGCCUGACGCCAAAGGACAUGAGACAUUCAGCUUCGCCCAGUGGGACGGCACAGAGACGCCACCCCAGCACGAUCUUCAUCCCAAACAGAGAUCCCAUGGGCAGCUGGACUCGGUGGGAAAUGGCUCCCAGCUGUUAGACCCACAGUAGGGAACGCGGUGUACUUCAUCCUCUGCCUCAUCCUCUGUUUUCCGGCUGGCUCUACGAAGGCCCAAAAUUCACGUUGUGAAACACCAGAACCAGAACUCUGAUAGCAGUUAGCAUUAGUAUUCAUACCCUGCGUCCAAUGUUGUUAUUUUCACAUCAAAACGAGGCUGCAGCUACUGCGGUAAUGGCUCCUCCUUGGCGGCGGAAUGCUUUGGGGUGCAUCUGUCACCCUCGCGGUCCGUGGGACAGCUGUUAGCGAUCAGAGGCUGUCCCGAAUUAAAGCCGCUCCCAAAGUGCACUUCUGAUUUACUGCGUCUCCGUCAGGCACAGUUAGUCACUAACGGCGACGGGGUUGAUGUGACCCAGGGGGCGUGGCUUAUGCAGCAGAUAACAUUUCCCUUAUCCUCCCCCCGGUAUGUUAAAGCUCUGUUUUCUGUUUAACUUUUUAUAUUUGGGACAGACAUCCCAAGUAACUUAUUUUAUUUGUUCACCUGACUCAGUACUCAUGGAGAAUAAUUUUACCCCUGGGCAGACCUGUGUACUGGCCCAUACCUCCCUUGUCACGGCCGUGACACCGAGCUCCUGGAUCUCCUUAAACUCACAAACUUUUGUUGGCCUCUGUGAUACCUGUCGCCGGAAAGCUGAACGGUUUCCUUAGCUACCUCAGUAAAGGAAACAGCUGGAUGGGGGUUUUAACAGAAGGAAUGGGAUUUGUGCCUCAUCCCGCGUGUCAUAAACGAAAAGCCCACAUUUUACGACGGAGACGGGUCUGGCGUCUGUGAAAUAUUUAGCCCCGAUUUGGGGAAAGGUGAAUCCUUCACCUUGCGGCCGACGCGACGGAGAGAGGGACGCUUCAUUUGCUGUUUUUUAUUCGAAGGCACCCUUGUUAGUGCAAGGUUUCCCUGAACGUUCUUACUUUCGGAAGGCCGUUUCAGGAAAAUCGUGCCCCCAAAGCACGCUGACCCUGAAUCACUGUGUUCUGUAGCCUGGUCAGCAGGGGGCAUCAUUCUCUGACAUGUAUAAUUCCUUUUUGACUGAUCAGUCCCCAUUAAAAGCAAAUUUGUUGUUCUUCAAUCA